AUGGAGAAAAAAGACAGCAGGAAAGGAGAUACGCCUACUGCGAAGAAGACUGUUAGCAGCAAUCCAGAAAGAAAUAUACAAAGUGAAAAAGACAAACUGGAAAAGAGGAUAAGAGGAACAAAGCCUCCAAGGUCUGUCUGUAGUGAAAGCUGUGCUCCUGGUUUCAGGAAAGUCAUUCAUCCAGGAAAACCUGCCUGCUGCUAUUAUUGUGUCCAGUGUGCUGAAGGAGAAAUUGCUAACCAGAGUGAUUCUACAGGUUGUCUGUCCUGCCCUCUUGAAGAGUGGUCCAAUGAAAGAAAGGACAAGUGCAUUCAGAGAUCUACAGAAUUCCUCUCCUAUGAUGACCCCUUGGGCAUUGCUUUGACCUCCAUCACAGUUAUGGCUUCAGUUCUGACAGCUGCCAUCCUUGUUAUAUUUAUCAGGUUUAAUGACACCCCCAUUGUGAAGGCCAAUAACCGGAACCUCAGUUAUCUGCUCCUCAUAACUCUUAUGGUCUGUUUCUUGUGCUCUUUUAUUUUUAUUGGAUACCCAAAUUGGCUGACCUGUAGACUUCGUCAAGCUGUGUUUGGUGUAUCCUUUGUUCUGUCUGUCUCUAGUAUACUGGCUAAAACCAUUAUGGUAGUUAUAGCUUUCAGUGCAACAAAACCCAACAGCAAGUUCAAAGGAUGGGUGGGACCACAACUGUCUUACACACUUGUGUCACUGUCUACACUUGUUCAGCUUAUUAUAUGUGUCACUUGGAUUGCUUGGUCUUCUCCGUUUCCAGAACAGAACUUUAAAUCCCAGCCUGGAUUGAUAAUUAUUGAAUGUAAUGAAGGUUCAACCACUGCAUUCUGGUGCAUGCUGGGAUACAUGGGUGUACUGGCUGGUAUCUGUUUUAUAGUUGCAUUCCUGUCUAGAAACCUGCCAGACAGCUUUAAUGAAGCCAAGUUCAUCUCUUUCAGCAUGCUUGUAUUUGUUAGUGUCUGGCUGGGAUUUAUCCCAGCAUAUCUUAGCACUAAGGGUAAAUAUAUGGUAGCUGUAGAGGUAUUUGCUAUCAUCGCUUCAAGUGCUGGGCUACUUGCCUGUAUAUUUUUCCCAAAGUGCUUUAUAAUUUUAAUGAGGCCUGAUAAGAACACAAAGUCCUAUUUAAUGGGUAAAGGAACAUAG